GGAGCUGUCUCCUCCUUAAUCUUACUCCUUGGUGAAGUACCAGAAAGAACUACAUUUCCCAGAACACCAAGGUCAAGAUGGCCACCAAUUGGCUGAUUCAAGGCAGCUGUUAAGGAAUGGUGGUGCUGUCUCAUUUCAUGCAAGCAAGCAGAGCGGCAAGACGCAAAAAUCUACAAGAUCCAUCUUUAAAAGACUUCCAACACACCAAUGGUUAACAACCUGAUUGAAUGAAGAUCAACAGAAAAGAAACCAACAAAGCCAAAAAGUUGGAUAAAUAAAGUUGAUCAAUUGGAAAUCCGAGUUGUCCUGGUGUCCUUUACGGAGUCAAUAAGUGGAACUUGACAGUUGUUAACCACGGACCAGCCCUGGACAGUGAAGAUCAAAGGCCUCAAGACCCAGGGGAGCUGUGGACGCCGGAGAAAACGGGAUAAAGAUGGCCGAAGAGGUAUUGGGGAAGACUGCCGUGAUCCUCAAGCAGGAGAGGACGACAGCCAAGAGGAACCUGACCAGAGUGGCCAACCUGAUCUCCAGAGGAGCAGGCACCAUGCUGCAAUCCGAACUAAAAGAGGAGUUUGCCAAGUUUGCCGACCGUUUCACAUCACUGCUGGAUGCCAACGAGGACUUCAAGAUUGGCCUGGAGGCUGACGUCAAGAAGGAUGACCCAGAUGGGGAGCUCGAGAAACAGCAGGAGGAUGACAUCCGAGCAAGUAUAAAAGAUGCCGAAGAUAAGAUGGCAGAAAUCAAGGACAUUGUCCAGACCAACCUGUGGGGAAGAUACGGGAAGACUGAGCUGAAGGCAGCGAUUUCCGAGGCAGAGGACGCCAUUCAAAGGGCUGAAAAUGUAGCAGUUGAAAGCAACAACGUGGAAGGCUAUGACGUUUACCUCACCCUGCUGAAUGAGACGGUGAGUGUUACCAUCCAUACCAUGGCCCAUUGGGAGAAAUGGAUCCCUCAGCACUUAAAGGACGAGAUGGAUGACAAACUAACACAAGUGAAAGCAGCUCACUACAGGCUCAAGUUGAGGAAAGCUGAAUUCGCCACAUCCAGGAGGCUGGCUGAUCAAGGUGCAGGAGGACGACCUGGCCAACCAACACAUCCCAUUGUGAGGAUAAAGCCUACAUCCCUACCAGUCUUCCAUGGGAGCAAAAUAGACUUUCACAGGUGGAAGAAGGAUUGGGAGAGCCUCCAGAAACAAGGGGAGCCGACUGGAUCACCAGAGGUAAAGAAGAUCCAGCUGUUGGAGAGCGUCAGUGAUUCCAUUGCCAAGGAACUAAGACUGUCCACCUACACCACAGCAACAGAUAUCUUCAGGGUCCUCGAAAACAGGUACGGCAACAAAUCAACGAUCACAGUCGAAAUCUUGGAAGCGCUGGACAAGAUGGCACAAGUCAAGGGGAACCAGCCCAGGAAGGUCAUUGACCUAAUACAAGCUGUGGAGAAGGCCCUGGCUGACCUGACGGAGCUAGGAAACUCUGGAGCCAUCAGAAACCCCCUCGUCAUCAGGUCGAUUGAAAGCAAGUUACCAGAUUUCAUAAAAAGAGACUGGCUGAUGUAUAUGGUUGAGCCCACCAACCUUGUAACCCCAGACAACCAUUUUGAUAUGCUCCUAAAGUUCCUAAAGAGCCAGGAGGAAAUACUGGAACGACUCGAGCAACUAAAGCUGGUGGACAAAGCGGAAGAAGCAGACAGGAAGAAGCCAGAAAGAAAGUUUGCAUCUACCAGGGCUACGAGUAAAGAUGGUGACGAGGUCUGUGGCAUUUGUGGUGGUGGUGGGCACACCAACAAGAUCUACUUUUGCAAGAAGUUUAAAGGCUUGAAGCUACAUGAGAAGAAAAUGGCCCUGAAGAAGCUGGGAGCGUGCAGGAAGUGUCUUGGGUAUCACGACGCAGGUGGCUACUGCAGAGACACCUUCCUAUGCGGAAACCAAGACUGCAAAAGGGCAAGCGGCACACCUGACCACCACUACUUCCUAUGCCCAACAGCAGAGGCCAGAAGAGAAGGAAGCAAAGCUAACGCAGGUCAGAAGAUUGGCACACUUAUAGACCUGGCAUCCGACACAAAUUACAUCACUCACAAAGCUGCCGAAAGACUUGGCCUGAGAAGUGAAGACAUAGCGCUGGUCGUACAUGGAGUUGGAGGCAUGACAAUGAAAGUCAGGACGAAAAGGUACCUCCUGAAGGUCCGAGUCAAGACUCCCAAGGGGACUGAGCGAGCACAUCAACUGGUCUGCUAUGGCCUGGAGCAAAUUGCAAAGGUCCAUCAAGCAACUGAACCCGAAAAGUUGAAAAGCUUCUUCCCAGAUGUCCAGCUUGAGGAGUUAGAAAGACCAGAGGAAGUCGAGCUCCUCAUAAGCCAUCGCGAGGGACGACUCGCACCCCAAAGACUAAAAGUCAUCGGUGACCUUGUCCUAUGGGAGAGCCCCCUGGGCAAAACAGUCGGUGGAGCACACCCUGACUUGCUCGAAGAAGUGGAGGUGGCAGCAUAUGAGUCAAGAACCCACUUUGCCCGCUCCAUGAGAACCGCUGCUGUCCGAUACCAAGAGAUCACAGUCCCAGCGUCUGAGCCAGGCCGGCUACAGCAGGACGAUGUGGCCCACGCAACUACAUCUGCCAGUAACCGUGAAUUUCUUGAUUGGUGGCACUGGGACAGCAUCGGAGCUGCAUGUGAGCCGAAAUGUGGAAGCUGCCGGUGUGGAAACUGUCCUCCAGGAGGAAAGGACAUGACCCUGGCGGAGGAGAGGGAGUUUGAGAUCAUUAAAGGAGGACUCACCUACAAGAUGGAGGACUCUCACUCCUCAACUCCACACUGGGAUGCCAAAUAUCCCUGGACUGAAAAUCCAGCCUCUCUCCCCAACAACAAAAGAGCAGUCCAAGCUUGCUUCUUGAGAAUGGAAAAGCAACUGAGCAAAGACCCAGACUGGAAAGUUGCAUAUUCCACCCAGAUCCAUGAAAUGGUCCAAAGAGGCGCAGCCAUAAAACUCACCAAUGAAGUCAUGGAGAAGUGGAAAGGACCAGUUUGGUAUGUCAGCCACUUGGUGGCGCCAAAUCCCCAUUCAGUGACUACACCAGUUCGUAUUGUCUGGAACAGCAGCCAAAAAUACAACGGAGUGAGCAUGAAUGAUCUUCUCCUAAAAGGACCAGAUGUUCUCAACCCCAUCAGAGCUGUCCUGCUCCGAUUCAGAGAAGGAGUGAACGCAGCUCUGGGCGACAUCAGAAAGAUGUUCCUGUGGAGAGACAACCCAGAAGAGGAAAUCAGUGAGUAUGCCGUCACCAGAGUCAAUAUGGGCGACAAACCUGCUGGCUGCAUUGCUCAAUUGGCCAUGAGGGAAACUGCAAGUCUGCCCAACUUCACUCACCUGCAGGAUGAACGCAGAGUCAUUGAAGAAGACAGCUACGUGGAUGACCUGUUGACCUCCCACAAUGACCUGAACAGACUUGACCAAAUCACAGCUGGAGUUGAAGAGGUCCUAAAGGCUGGAGGCUUCUUCCUCAAACCAUGGGUCAGGUCAGGGCAAAGUGGGAGGAAAGAAACUGAAGCGGAUGUCCUAAAGCCAGAGCAAGGAAACACCUUGAUUCUUCCAAACCAAAUAAGAGAAGGAGAGAACAAAGCCCUGGGCAUCGGCUACCAGGUGGACAAAGACAAACUGUACAUGCUGACGGCGGUUAACUUUUCCAAUAGGAAGAAAAAGAUGAGAGUUGGCAAAGAUCUUCUUGAAGAGGAGGUGAGAGCUGAAACGCCUAACCCACUGACGAGGAGAGCUCUCCUAAGCCAAGUUGCUGCACUGUACGACCCAAUCGGCCUAGUUGCACCGGUCAAGCAGAAGGGAGCAAUUCUCGUCCGUAAAGCAUUCCAAGAAGGAGGGGGUGGCAAGCUGACCCAAGAAACCUGGGAUCAACCUCUUUCAGAAAGACUCAGGGAAGAAGCCAUACAGCUCUUCGAGGAAUAUGCCCAGCUUGGACAGGUGAAAUUCCACAGGAGCCUCACACCGCCCGACUGGAAAGGGAAACCCUACGGCAUCACAUUUUCUGACGGAAGUGACAAAACCUAUGGUGCUGUGAUGUACGUCAGAUGGGAGACUAGUCACGGAACUGAAGUUCGAUUCGUGGAAGCAAAGGCCAAACUGACACCCCUGGACCAGAAGGGAGAUGCUGUAAAAGCAGAAAUCUGUGGCGCAGUCUUUGCUGCCAGAAUUCGGAAGUACGUGGAGAAACAUGCCCGUAUGAAGAUUGAGAAAUGGUUCCACCUACUGGACAGUCAAACAGUCCUCGGGGCCAUCCAACGAGAAUCAUACGGAUACCAAACCUUCUUCGCCAACAGAGUGGGCGAAAUCCAGAUGUCCGGGCCAGUGCAAGACUGGUGGUGGAUCAGAGGAGAUCUGAACAUUGCUGACUUAAUAACAAGAGGAGGCAAUCCCAAAGACUUAAAUGAGGAAUCCACAUGGCAAAACGGACCAGAGUUCCUGAAGUGGCCAGUGGAGGAGUGGCCUAUUCAGUCAGCUGGAGAAGUUGCAGCCCAGGCCAGGGAGAGUGUAAACAAGCUUCAAAGAAAGGCAUUCUCUGCUGCACUGACCAGAGCUCAAGCUAAGAUGAGUCGGCAAAAAGAAGACCCACUGGCCACUCCGGAAAAGGAAAGUCCCUGUGAAGAAUCGAAACCUAUUAUGCCAAGAAGAAAACCCACUAGCUGGGUGAAACAUCUUGUGGAUGUAAAAAGGUUCAGUAGCCUGACAAAACUGAUCAGAGUUGUUGCCUGGACACGACGAGCUGCCGAGCAGUGGCUGAAGAGGAGGUCGAACCCAGGACAACCAAAGUGGGAGGCAACACCCAAGCAGGCUGGAUUGGCUGGCACUGAACUAGAAGGUGCACGUGAAGACGUCUUCCUCGCAGCUCAAGAAGGGAGGAUCCAGAUAUUUAACGAAGAUGAGACAGCCGUGCCAGUCUUGCCAUUUGAAGCAUGGGUGUCAACAUUGCUGGCACAAGAAUCCCAUGACGCUAACCACGAGGGGGUAGCAGGAACCCUUCUACGGAUGAGGAAGACAGCGUGGAUAAUAAAGGGCCGGAGAAUUGCCAAGAAAGUAGUUGACAGCUGCAUAGUUUGCAGAAAGAACAGAGCAAAGAAGUGUCAACAAAUCAUGGCAGACUUACCUCCAGAGCGAACCACCCCAGCUGCUCCUUUUGAAUUCACAACCAUGGACCUAUUCGGCCCUUAUGAAGUGAAGGAUGAAGUCAAGAAAAGAACCAGACUGAAAGUGUGGGGAAUCGUCUUCAGUUGCAUGGCCUCCCGUGCCAUACACACUGAACUAGUGAGUGACCAGUCAUCCCAAGGCUUCCUCCUCGCCUAUCAGAGGUUCACGUCACUCAGAGGACAUCCCAGGAAGCUCUGGUCAGACCCCGGCACAAAUUUUGUGGGCGCCAAACCUGCUCUGGAACAGCUGUACACAUUCCUUGACCGACUGGACAAGUCUCAAGUCGAAGACAUGGCUGCCAACCAUGGAACAGAAUGGUCCUGGAAGAUCCACCCUGCGGAUUCUCCCCACAGAAAUGGUGCUGCAGAAGCGGCUGUCAGAGUGGUCAAACGGGCCCUGACCAAUGUCGGCGGAGAUGGUGUCUUCACCUGGGGUGAAUUUCAAACCUUCCUCUACAUGGCUGCCAACCUUGCAAAUGAGCGACCAAUCGAUGCAAGAACUCAAAGCAGGGAAGACUGUGUGGAAUACAUCACCCCGAACUCUCUGCUCCUAGGGCGUGCCAACCCUAAGGGAGAUCCUGGAGACUUCCAGUUUGAUCGCUAUCCUUAUAAAAGACUGCAAGUAAUUCAAGCUGAAGUCACCAAAUUCUGGAAGAAAUGGAGCCAACUAGCUGGACCCAACCUCUUCAUAAGAAACAAAUGGCACACCAAAGAGCGAAAUGUUUCUGUCGGAGAUGUGGUCUGGUUGGCUGACCAAAAUGCCCUGAGAGGACAGUACAAGCUGGCCAGAGUAGUCAGAGCCAAUACGGACAGCAAAGGCAUCGUAAGAGACGUGCUUGUGAGGACCUUUCCCAGCUAUCCUGUCCCCAUCAAGAAGACAAGCGACAAAGAAAAACCGACCACGAAAACCAAGAGGCUCAGACAUCAAAUCCCAGCAACAAUCCUGCAUAGGGAUGUCAGACGCCUCAUCAUUCUAAUUCCCAUUGAAGAACAAAGGAAAGAAGGACCUGUGUGA